AGAUAACAACGCUAUUGGCCAGUACAGGAGAGCAACCAGGUCAGCUGACAUGUAGAUACCGCGUAUUCUGUGAGGUCUCUACACAGUACGAGCCACCAACGAAAUUGCUGGCCCAACCAGGAUGCGCAGAGAGUGAUAAAUAUUGAUUAUUUCGGUCUCUGUGCGCAGCGCGGAGGGGAACUUCAGUAGCCUUGAUGAGGACAGCUCCCCUCCGGUCGAUGCUUUGAAGAAAGGGGAGAGCCGAAGUUAUCGUAUUACAAGUCAAGUCUGCAGUAGGCCUAGAAUAAUUAUCAAACGCGCACAGUGGGGAGUGGACUGUCAUCUCCCGUGGGUAGGUGUGUGUGGCACGGGUUUUUCCCAGUAUAGUUGCAUGCCGAAUAUUGUGCGGUGUGGUAAGCUACCAAGUGCAUCGACGAGCGAUGGCGGAAUGUGGAAUGAAGGCGCUGUCUGUCCUGGAGGCGGCCCGCUCACGCUACGAGAGCUUGCAGAUUUCAGAUGAUGUUUUUGGGGAAUCGGGAGAUGACAGUAGCGACAAUCCCUUUUACAGCACUUCGGGUGACUCGAAUUCGGAUAACUGUUGCUUGGAGGCCGGGGAUGAUCCAAGGGCAGGUGAGACUGGGAAUUGUCAAAACGGAGGUCCACCCGGGUCUAUCUCAAAGACUCAAGCAGAGGAGGAUGGAUGGAGCGACACACUGCAAGAUAUCACGGUGGCCCCCUACAACGACACAUAUGGCCCUAUCCAGAGAAUGCCAGCCACAGCCACUUGCAUGGACUUCUUCCAGCUCUUUGUGCCCGACAACGCCAUCCAAAACAUGGUGACGCAGACCAACAUGUACGCCAAGAAGUACCAGGAGCGCUUCGGCAGCGACGAGGGCUGGCGGAACGUGACGGCGGCCGAGAUGAAGGCCUUCCUGGGCUUUGUGACUUCCACCAGCGUUCACCGCUGUGAGUCAGUGCUCAGCAUCUGGAGCAGCGGCUUCUUCAGCAAUCGCAGCAUUGCACUCAAGAUGAGCCAGGCGCGCUUUGAGAAGAUCCUCAAGUACUUCCACAUCGUGGCCUUCCGCUCCAGCCACAGCAGCCAUGGCCUCUACAAGAUCCAGCCCUUCCUGGACUCACUGCAGCAGUCGUUCGGCUGCAGCACCUUCCGCCCCUCUCAGACUCAGGUGCUCCAUGAGCCUCUGAUUGAUGAGGACCCGGUGUUCAUCACCACCUGUACGGAGAGAGAGCUGAGGAAGAGGAGGAAGAGGAAAUUCAGUCUGUGGGUCCGCCAAUGCACAUCCACUGGCUUCAUCUGUCAGAUCUAUGUGCAUCUAAAGGAGGGCCAGGGUCCUGAUGGGUUGGCCACCCUGAAGAUCAAGCCUCAGCUCCACAGUAUGGUGGCCAAACAGCUGUGUCAGAACCUCUCAGGCCGCAACAGCAUCAUCUUCACCGGACCCAGCAUCACCAGCCUCAACCUGUACCAGGAGUUUGAGAAACAGGAGAUCUACUGCUGUGGGCUGCUGAGCACCAGGAAGAGUGACUGCACCGGCCUGCCCCAGUCCAUGUUGGUGAACCCUGAGAGCCCCCAGCAGAGGGGCCAGUCCCACAGCAUGAUGAGAGGUAACACCUCUCUCAUCAGCUGGUACAACAAGGGACACUUCCGCUUCCUUACCAACGCCUACUCACCCACCAAGAAAGGGGUGAUCAUCAAAAGGAAAAGUGGUGAGAUUCCCUGUCCGCUGGCUGUGGAGGCCUUCGCUGCACACCUCAGUUACAUCUGCAAGUAUGACGACAAGUACAGCAAGUAUUUCAUCUUCCACAAGCCAAACAAAACGUGGCAGCAGGUGUUCUGGCUGACCAUCAGCAUCGCCAUAAACAACGCCUAUAUCAUGUACAAGAUGUCCGAUGCCUACCAGAUCAAGCGCUACAGCCGAGCUCAGUUUGGAGAGAGACUGGUGAGGGAGCUACUGGAUUUAGACGACUGCUCUCCUACCCAGUGAGGCGACCACAUAAUCUUUGUAAUAUACGCACACACACACUGUGUACACACACUGUCACACGUACCCACAAACACACACUGUUCAUCACAUGCAAAACACUAAAACACACUAACCAAAACACUAAUAGAUUUGUUCUUUACAAUUGUAGACACUGGGAUAGGUAAUUCCUUAAAUGAAACAAUAUUUUAACAGUGCCAAGUCUGGGUUAAAUGGGUUGGGGGACCGAACCUCCAGGUUUGGAGAGCAGGUCUAUAGUUUAGUCAGAACGGUCUAUAGAUUAAAGUUUCUUUACUGAGGCACAAAGCAGAGCCAUUGUACAGUACACAUGUCUCUAUUGUUAUUGUCACAGGCUGCAUGACAAAAACACAGUUGGAUAAUGUACUGUUGUUCAAUAUGCAGAUUUCUUUAAAAAAAAUCUGGUUAAACAUUGUUUCCAUGUAGAGCAAUAUCACUCUGUAAUGUUAAAUCUAUGAUUCUAUUCGACCACCUAUGGAGCAACAUCAGGUGUGUUCUCUCCAAGAUAGACCUGAACCACUAAGAAGAAAUACUGUAUGUGUGUAUGUCGGUAGGUAUGUAUGUAUUACAGUACCACUCAAAAGUUUGGACGCAC